AUGAGAGAUGAAAAUAUUUCUAAGAUGGAUGAUGUAAAUUUUGAUAACGAUUUCAAAAAAAAAUAUGUAAACUUUUUUUUGGGAGAAGAUAGAUUAUGGUUAGUUGGUUGUCCAAUUUGGAAUAAAUUUUUUUUUUUUUAUGCAUAUCUAAUAUCAUUUUUCUCCAAUGAUUUAUUAAAUCGUAAUCCGGGACAUCAAUUUGUGGUCGAGGAAGAGUUAUCUUUUCUUAUUAACACUGUCUUGAAGUCCAUUGAAUCAGGUCAACUGGAGACGUGGAUUUAUCGCACAGUGGAAGAGCACAAACCAUUGGUUUGGGUCUCGCAUCCGUUAAUUGGUCUUUGA